AUGGCGACUCUUCGUGUUUUAGCCCGGGUCGCACUCCCUUCCACCACUCGUGGUCGCUUUGGGGCCGCGGUAGGCGUGCCCGGAAGACUCCUCAGUACAACCACAGCCGGCGCCAAACCCUUGCCAAUGUUCUCAAUGGAGGGCAAGGUAUGUCUGGUGACUGGCGCAGCCCGGGGUCUGGGCUACGAGUUUUGUCGUGCCUUCGUCUCCUCGGGUUGCACCUCACUCGCAGUCCUUGAUCUCGUGGAGGCGGAUGCCCGAGCCAGUGCGGAGGAGCUCAAGACAUACGCGAAAGAGUUCAAUGGUGACACGGAACUCAACGCUGUCGGAAUCGAGUGCGACGUGUCCUCUGAAGUCUCAGUGCAAAAUGCCUUUGCAGACACGCUCAAGACUUUCGGGCGGGUGGACGCUGUCGUCGCGUCUGCUGGUAUCGUGCACAACCACUCUGCCUUUGAUUACCCAGUCGACCGCUUGAAGCGCCUCUACGACAUCAACGUGCAUGGCGCGUUCUUCACUGCCCGGGAAGCCGCAAAAGCCAUGAUUCCGCAAGGAGGCGGGGCAGUGGUGCUCAUCGCCAGCAUGAGUGCCAAUAUCGUCAACGUUCCCCAGCUGCAAACGCCAUACAACGCAUCGAAAGCCGCGGUCAAGCACAUGGCGUCAAGUCUGGCCGUCGAAUGGGCCAAGCAGGGCGUGCGCGUCAACGUCCUCAGUCCCGGUUACAUGCAAACGAAGCUGCUGAAAACGGUCCUGUCCCACGACACGGAGCUCAAAAAAACAUGGGAGAGCCUGACGCCCAUGGGAAGGCUCGGAAACCCAGAAGAUCUUGCUGGAGCGAUAGUGUACUUGUGCAGCGACGCCUCCAAGUUCAUGACGGGCUCAGAGAUUCGAGUGGACGGUGGUUAUUGCAGUGUCUGA